AUGUCCCGUUUUUGGCGGAAAGCGGCGACGCGAAGGCCGCCGUUGCAGCUCGUGCUAUCAGCGGGGCUGCUGGCCGCGGCGGCGAUCGGCUGCCUCUCCGUAUGGCCCGUGACGGCCGGCAUGGCUAGCGCCGCAGGCGACGCGGCGAACAGCACGCAGGACGAAGACGACGCGGCUCUGCUGUACGCACAAUGGAAGCGCGCGUACCGCCUGGGCGAGUCGAACACCGAGCCGCCCGAAACGAUCUCGCUGCCGCCAGGGGUGCCGCGCGCACUGCACCUAGAAGACUGCAGCGCGCGGACCGCCGCGCGCCAAGCGCUGGAGAGGCGCGGGCCGCGGGGAGAGUCGCCCGCGUGGGCACGAGCGCGGCUUCCCCAACCCCCGUGGGUGCGCGGGUCGGACGCGGGCAAUCUGGGCGGCACGCGGGCGGCGCAGAGGGAUCUGUGGGAGCACCAGUUCCCGCCGCACCGCUGCCGCGGCCGCCGCCUGCUGCUGGUGCGGUGGCUGGACAUGACGGGGCACGGGCUGGGCUCGCAGCUCCACGUCAUUGGGUCCGUGCUGAGCGUGGCCAUGCUCUUCAACCGCACGCUCGUCAUCGUGCCAGGAAGCUUCCCGCAGGCGGACCACAGCGAGUGCGAGGGGGCGGAGAGGCGCGGGUCGCUGGACUGCUACUUCUUCGCGCUCACCUCCUCCCACUGCCGCAACAUCGCCAUGCGCGCUUAUAACGAGUACAAGGCGAAGCGGGGGCUGGAGGGGCGGUCUCGUUGGAGGGCGUGGACGGCCAUGCAGCGCCGCCGCAUCUCUGCCCACCGCACCUCCGCUGCCCACCGCACCUCCGCUGCCCACCGCACCUCCUCUGCCCACCGCACCUCCGCUGCCCACCGCACCUCCUCUGCCCACCGCACCUCCUCUGCCCACCGCACCUCCGCUGCUGGCACCACGGCCCGUGCAACGGCCCUCGCCGCACGUGCUGGGGGUGGGCAGGGGGGCAUAGAGAGCGUUGUGGGCCGGGUGGAUGAGGGGCGCAGGGGGAAUGGGGCAGAGGGGGCGGAUGAGUGGGAGGCGGAGAGUGGGGAGGUGCGGUGGUGUGGGUACGAUACGAAGCGCACGCUGGAGUCGGAUGCGGUGGUGGUGUUUGGGUGCAGCCCCCUGCUGCCCGCCUGGGCUGGCCGCCGCUACCUCAAGCUCCUCCGUGGCGCCGCUGCUCUGCUGUGGGGGGGGGCGUACAGGGAGCGCACAGGGACCAACGAGGUCAGCGGGCAGCUCGUGCGCAGCAACACCACGGUGCUCAAGGUGCAGUGGUGGCGGGCCCAAGCACUGCGCUUCAUGCUGCGCUGGCCCUCGCCCUACCUCUGCCAUCUGCUCAACCGCCACCGCCACAGCGCCUACGGCAUGCACGUGGCGCGCAGCACAGCAGGCGCCAUGCACGGCCAGCAGCACGUGCUGAGCGUGGCGGCUCGGCUGGCCAGCAGCCUGGGGGAGGACCUGCGCGGGCACCUGCUGGCAGAGGCCGUGGGCGCGUGGGCGGGGGGCGUGGGGCAGGGGGCCGCCUCACCCCUGGCACUGCCGGUAGCAGAGCCUGGCAGCACCGCUGCUGCGCUGCAAGCACGCUCACUGCUGCUCUUGCACGAGCCUGCUGCUGCUGCUGGCGAUGGCGAUGGUGGGGGGGGAGUGGGGGCGGAGGCGUACAUGCCGCGGCCGAUAGUGAGUGUGCACGUGCGGCAGGGCGACAAGGGGCGUGAGAUGCGGCUCUUCUCCUUCCCCUCCUUCGUCUUCCUCGCCAACCGCCUGCGCCGCCUCGAUCCCGCCCUGCACAACGUGUGGCUCAGCACUGAGAUGCAGGUGAGAUGCAGCACCGUGAAGCCGUUCGCAUUGUGGGGAGACGCGAUGGACGGCGCUCGGCGCGCCGUGACGGGGCUGGAAGACCUCGGGGUGGACGCGCGGGGCGUCAGCCAGUACGCUGUUCACCUUCCCGAGUUCACGCGCAUAGAGGCGGCGGAAAAUGCGAGCCUAUGGCAACCCCUAGCGGUUGGAACGGCGGCGCACGAUUGGAGGCCGGCGCAUGAAAGGCGGGCGGAAAGCGAGGGGGAAGAGGUGCAAGGAGGAGCAGGGCUUGCGCAGGAUCCGGCGCGGGGGAGGGAGUUGGUGCGCGCGCUGGAUGCGGUGGAUUCACGCGCGGGGGACGCAGAGGCGGGCGCAGCGAGUGGGAGCGGGGGCGAGGGGAAGAGAGGGCACGGAAGCGCGAGCGGGUGGGAAGGAGAGAGGACGACGGGGGAAAGAGAGGGGUUGGCAGCAACGUCGCACGAGCUGUCGCAGGGAGGCGAGGAGGUGUCGCAGGGAGGAGAGGAGGUGUCGCAGGGAGGCGAGGAAGUGUCGCAGGGAGGCGAGGAGGUGUCGCAGGGAGGCGAGGAGGUGUCGCAGGGAGGCGAGGAGGUGUCGCAGGGAGGCGAGGAGGUGUCGCAGGGAGGCGAGGAGGUGUCGCAAGGAGGCGAGGGGCUGGAUGGAGGCAAGGAGGGGUCGCAGAAAAUCAAGGAGGGAUCGCAGGGAGGAAAGGAGGGGUCGCAGGGAGGAAAGGAGGGGUCGCAGGGAGGGGAAACGGUGCAGAUAAGCAGGCCCAGCGAGGGUUCCGUGAAGAUAUAUGAGGUGCGUGGUGUGAGAAUAGGUGAGGUGCGUGGUGUGAGAAUAGGUGAGGUGCGUGGUGUGAGAAUAGGUGAGGUGCGUGGUGUGAGAAUAGGUGAGGUGCGUGGUGUGAGAAUAGGUGAGGUGCGUGGUGUGAGAAUAGGUGAGGUGCGUGGUGUGAGAAUAGGUGAGGUGCGUGGUGUGAGAAUAUAUGAGGUGCGUGGUGUGAGAAUAGGUGAGGUGCGUGGUGUGAGAAUAGGUGAGGUGCGUGGUGUGAGAAUAUAUGAGGUGCGUGGUGUGAGAAUAGGUGAGGCGUGGGCGGCCGCAUAUGGGCUUACCGCAAACUCCUCCCACCCGCCCGCCGAGGUGCACCUCUCCGCCCCCCUGCCCCCCGCGCCCCACCUGCACGACUGUGCUGCGCGCUCUGCCUUCCGCCGCGCCAUGGAGCAGCGCGGGCGCAGGGGGCAGGCGCCACGAUGGGCGGACGCGGCGGCGCAGCAGUGUGAAGGCGUCCCGCAGCCCCCGUGGGUGCGCGGGUCGGACGCGGGCAAUCUGGGCGGCACGCGGGCGGCGCAGAGGGAUCUGUGGGAGCACCAGUUCCCGCCGCACCGCUGCCGCGGCCGCCGCCUGCUGCUCGUGCACUGGCCCGCGCUGCCCCCCGCGCUCAACCGCUCCUGGACGAGGGGGGACGCGCAGGGGUUGGGAGGGGAGGGGGACGGGGAGGGGUUGGGGGAGUGGUUGGCGGGAGCGGUAGAGGCGAUGGGGGAGGCGCUGGCAGUGGCGGUGAGCAGUGGGCGCGUGCUGGUUCCCGUGGGGGCGUCGUUCAGCCCCGCCCAGCACCCCGCCUGCCGAGGUGCGGCGCACUCAUGGGUGGGAUGGCACGAGGGAUGGCACGAGGGAUGGCACGAGGGAUGGCACGAGGGAUGGCACGAGGGAUGGCAUGAGGGAUGGCACGAGGGAUGGCACGAGGGAUGGCACGAGGGAUGGCACGAGGGAUGGCACGAGGGGUGGCGUAGGGAUGGCACGAGGGAUGGCACGAGGGAUGGCACGAGGGAUGGCACGAGGGAUGGCACGAGGGAUGGCACGAGGGAUGGCACGAGGGAUGGCACGAGGGAUGGCACGAGGGAUGGCACGAGGGAUGGCACGAGGGAUGGCACGAGGGAUGGCACGAGGGAUGGCAUGAGGGAUGGCAUGAGGGAUGGCAUGAGGGAUGGCAUGAGGGAUGGCAUGAGGGAUGGCAUGAGGGAUGGCAUGAGGGAUGGCAUGAGGGAUGGCAUGAGGGAUGGCAUGAGGGAUGGCAUGAGGGAUGGCAUGAGGGAUGGCAUGAGGGAUGGCAUGAGGGAUGGCAUGAGGGAUGGCAUGAGGGAUGGCAUGAGGGAUGGCAUGAGGGAUGGCAUGAGGGAUGGCAUGAGGGAUGGCAUGAGGGAUGGCAUGAGGGAUGGCAUGAGGGAUGGCAUGAGGGAUGGCAUGAGGGAUGGCACGAGGGAUGGCACGAGGGAUGGCACGAGGGAUGGCACGAGGGAUGGCACGAGGGAUGGCACGAGGGAUGGCACGAGGGAUGGCACGAGGGAUGGCACGAGGGAUGGCACGAGGGAUGGCACGAGGGAUGGCACGAGGGAUGGCACGAGGGAUGGCACGAGGGAUGGCACGAGGGAUGGCAUGAGGGAUGGCAUGAGGGAUGGCAUGAGGGAUGGCAUGAGGGAUGGCAUGAGGGAUGGCAUGAGGGAUGGCAUGAGGGAUGGCAUGAGGGAUGGCAUGAGGGAUGGCAUGAGGGAUGGCAUGAGGGAUGGCAUGAGGGAUGGCAUGAGGGAUGGCAAGAAGGCUCGAAUGCAUGCAAGCUGUCUGGAUGCGUGUGUGUGGCACGUGCGCCCUGCACUCCCCUCUAAUGCUGCCAUGUCUCCUUCCCCCUGCGUGCCCUCCACGCGUGUCGCCCCAGCGCACAGCGCAUGGGGCUCGUGGCACUGCUACUUCCACCGCCUCACCUCGCCCGCCUGCCAGGCCGCUGCCCACGCCGCCGUCUCACUCUCCCACCCUGUUAUGGAGGGGGGACGCCUGCAAGGGGGACGGCUGGGAAGCACGGACGUGCAUGCAGGGGGGGCGGAGGGGUCAGAAGGCGGGGGGGGCGGGAUGGGGGCGUGCAGGCCAGUGGCGGAGGUGGGCAGUGCAGUGGCGUCAGAGGCGCAUGUGGUGUGCACCACCACCCAUGUGCGGGCGAGUGCUGCGGUGCAGUGCCGUGAUGGCGAUGCGGGCGCGGAGCCAAGUGGGAAGCAUCCUGCUGAAGCUGCUGCUGCGUGUGAUGUGCUGGGAAUGACAACCCGCACUGCACUCGUCAAGCUGCUCGCCACUGUUGACCUUACCCUUGUUUCUCUGUUUCCCCCAACGCCUCCCCCUGUGUCUCUCUCCUACCGUCUCAUCCUCAUCUACCUCCCAUCUCCUGCUGUGUUCCCACAU